AUGGUAGACAGGCUUGUUAAUAGUGGUGUUGUUUCUAACUUAAUUUCUUUAGAAUACUCAGUUUGUUACUGGGAUGAAUUUAUUAUACAGCUUCAUACUAAUACAACUACUCUACUGAUUACAUGGCAGCUCGCGACUCGAACUGUUACGGACAACAAGGAAAUAAUUUUUUCAGCUUGUGAACUUGUUGACCUUCUCCCUGAGAGCUUGCAUGUCAGUUCCGACAUACUGGAUUGGUUCAUUUCUCAUCAUCUUGCCGAAUACAAGGAACUAUUUGAUCCAACUCAAACUACUGCAUGGCUGGAUAAGAUUGACCAGCGCUAUAACUGGUUACGAACAAACUUGGUUCAUUUGGAGCGGUUGUUUGUUUCAGUGUUUCCUUCUUCCUGGUUAGUGACUGAAAAAUUUCUUCUAGAGUUCUGCCAUAUUACACGAACUGAUUUGGAGACUGUUAUGAAACGCCGUCAGUCGGAACUCACUCAUAACCUAAUUAUCUUCGCAUUACAACGGACACUAUCUUUUGAAAGCAGUUUGAAUAAGGCGUAUGUGACUGACGCACUUGAAGUUUUGAAAAAUAAAAUAGUGAGUGCUAAGACUGUAGAACGUCCCUCGAAUCCAUUUGAUGACGAAUCUGAUGCUGAUUUCGAAGAGUCACCAUCUAAGAACGUUACAGAAGACAAGGCCUACAUAUCAUCAACAAACCCUCCUACAAACUCUUGGAAAAAACAAACAUUUGAUGGGAUUAUAUCUGGCUGUUUUGAACAAUACUUUGAUCUUUAUUUGGUUCAUGUGGAUAAGGCAUUACGAGAGCAAAUGACGAAUCGUUUGAUUGGUGAUUUCACAGUCAAUAAAUCCAGCUUAGAGAAUCGGGAACUUGGAGAUGUUUUCAAAGAGGACAACCCGUUCGACACUAUACAGAACAAGAUGAGUCCGAGUGAUCCCAGUGAGAACACUCUGUACUCUGCUACUGAUCUGUUUUUGUUCUACAAGCAAAUACUGAAGCAAACGCUUCAGUUAAUCGUGGUCGUGGUUUGUUGGGACUUGUGCGUUUAUUACGACAGUAUCUCUCUGAAUACACUGUCCGUGUACUUUUGGCUCAAAUCCCUGGCCUAG